CAUUUUCAUAAACCAAUCCAGAAACUCGACAUCGUCAUUCACAAAGUUUCAUCGGUCAGAAUAAGAAAGUGAGAAAAUCAAAACAAGAGUGACUGAGAUCACCGGAGAAAUGGCAAGUACGAUCAAAGCAAUCAAAGCUAGACAGAUUUUUGACAGUCGUGGAAAUCCUACUGUUGAAGUUGAUGUUCAUUUAAACGAUGGAACCCUAGCUAGGGCUGCUGUUCCGAGUGGCGCUUCUACAGGUGUUUAUGAAGCCUUGGAAUUAAGAGAUGGAGGAUCCGAUUACCUUGGGAAAGGUGUUUCUAAGGCUGUUGAAAAUGUGAAUGGAAUCAUUGGACCUGCAUUGAUUGGAAAGGAUCCAACGAAGCAGGUUGAACUUGACAACCUCAUGGUACAACAACUUGAUGGAACACAAAAUGAAUGGGGUUGGUGCAAACAAAAGCUCGGUGCAAAUGCUAUAUUGGCUGUAUCACUUGCUAUUUGCAAGGCUGGAGCUAGUGUUAAUAAGAUCCCUCUUUACAAGCACAUUGCAAAUCUUGCUGGUAACAAAAACUUAGUGUUACCUGUGCCUGCUUUCAACGUCAUCAAUGGUGGCUCACAUGCAGGCAAUAAACUGGCAAUGCAGGAAUUUAUGAUCCUUCCAGUCGGUGCUUCCUCUUUCAAGGAAGCCAUGAAGAUGGGUGUAGAAGUAUACCAUCACUUGAAGUCUGUUAUUAAGAAGAAAUAUGGUCAAGAUGCGACUAAUGUUGGUGAUGAAGGUGGCUUUGCUCCUAAUAUUCAGGAAAACAAAGAGGGUCUUGAACUUUUGAAGACAGCGAUUGCCAAAGCGGGAUACACCGGCAAAGUUGUAAUUGGGAUGGAUGUUGCUGCUUCAGAGUUUUAUGCUGAGAAGGAUAAGACCUAUGAUUUAAAUUUCAAGGAGGAGAACAAUGAUGGGUCACAGAAAAUAUCUGGAGACAGUUUGAAAAAUGUCUACAAGUCUUUCGUGGCUGAUUAUCCAAUUGUAUCCAUUGAAGACCCAUUUGAUCAGGAUGACUGGGAACACUAUGCUAAGAUGACCAGUGAGGUCGGACAACAAGUGCAGAUCGUUGGGGAUGAUCUCCUUGUCACUAAUCCUACUCGUGUCGCAAAAGCAAUCAAAGAGAAGUCCUGCAAUGCCCUUCUAUUGAAGGUCAACCAAAUUGGUUCUGUGACUGAGAGCAUUGAAGCUGUGAGAAUGUCUAAGCAUGCUGGAUGGGGUGUUAUGGCUAGCCACCGGAGUGGUGAAACUGAGGAUACCUUUAUUGCAGAUCUCUCUGUUGGUUUGGCCACGGGCCAAAUCAAAACUGGAGCUCCUUGCAGAUCAGAACGCCUUGCUAAAUACAAUCAGCUUCUUAGGAUCGAAGAAGAACUCGGAUCUGUUGCAGUUUAUGCGGGAGCUAAAUUCCGAACCCCAGUGGAACCUUAUUAAAUCUGAUCAUUAUCUGGCAGCAGCAGAGACGUCUAAAUUUUUCUUAUAGCUUGUUUGUUUUUCUUUGCCACAUAAGUAGUGCUCUUCCACACUGGUCUGUCAGUGUCAUUUCUUCUGUAACUACCGUAUACUACUUUCUAAUUUCAUCAGGCCAAUACUUUAAUGUAGUAAGAUUAGAAUUCACUACAUUAGGUAAUUCCUUUCAAACUGAUUUAGGUAUCCUCCCUCUUACUGAAUUCAUUUAAAAUUUGGUGAAUACCACUUGAAAAACAUCAAAUUUUUAGAGAAUCUCACUAUUUUUUAAGCAUUUAAAAAAAUACAUUUUUUUUAGAA